AUGGAAGGCGAGGGCUCCUGGCGCUUCCUCUACGACUCCGACAGCGAUGACGAGCUCCUCCGCUUCGCCCGAGGGGACACGGCCGUGCCCGCUGAGCGCCAGCAGCAGCAACAGGUUCAGUCGGCUCACGACGGCGCCCAGCCGGCCUAUCCGCGGAUGAUGGCCCACUUGUCAUCGGCGUCGGCAAUGCAACUCGAUCGCCAUCAGGCGCCUCCCCUGGUCCACGUGCAGCAGCCUCAACCGGCGCCGCCGAUGCCGAUGGGACAUCAACAGGAGCCUUCCAUGGUACGCUUGCAGUACCCUCAACCGGCGCCGGCGAUGGCAUUCGAACCCCAGCAAGCGCCUUCCAUGGUAUACUCUCGGUACCCUCAACCAGCGCCGGCGAUGCCACUCCAGCAUCAACCUGGCGAAUCGCCGGCAGCGGUGCCACUCCAUGUUGGCCAGCACCAGCACAUGAUGGGCGAGUCGUCGUCGGCGAUGCCACUCCAUCACCAGCAGAUGCUAGUCGACUCGCCGGCCACGAUGCAAAUCCAACACCAGCAGAUGCAAGGCCUAAGCGAGCCGACGCCGGAGGUGAUGUCCACACUCGAAUACCAGCAGAUAAUGGCCGAUUUGGGUCUCACUGACCUCUACGUGGAAGACGAAGAAGUGCACCUCCCUGGCCAUGGUGGCGCCGCCAGCAUCCCGCACCCGGAGCCUCUGGUGUUGGAGUCUGGCCUCCACAACGACCAAAUACCGAAGCCAUCACAGGAAGGUGGAGAGGGCCUGUUCUUCGCCCCUGCGCCGCAGCCAGGCGACGAUUCGGGUCCCAGUGGCGCCGCCAGCAUCCCGGCCCCAGAGACGCCGGUGACGCCUCCGGCGGUGGCACCAGCGCAGCCAGAGCAAGAAUCGUGCGAACACUGCUAUGUCGUCAGAGAGGUCAGGAACCACAGCGCGUUAGGGCCGGUGACCUUGUCGGUGCACCGCGCGACGGACAGAACAUACACGCACAUUAUCCUCGAACUCAAAGGCACGGCCACCCAAGGCCCAAAUUCUGGCACCCAACGAAUUUACAGGUGCCUGCGUGACCUGACGCCCGAGUCGGCGCCUGAGUAUGUCGAGUCCUGCAUCCUCAAGAUGAGGAACAAAGCCGGUCCGCUGGAGGACGUCAUCGGCGGCGGCGGCGGCGCCGCCAGCUCUACCAUGAUCCGCGCUCCUCCGGGGGACGCCGGCUCGCCCUGGGCGCCAGAGAGGGGCACGCGGCGGCCUGCGCCUCCCCGGCCGCCGCCGCCGCCGACCGAGCAAGAGGAAAAGGAGACGCGGCGGUACCUUCGCGACGCCGCGGACAUGGCCGUGAGGGAGCUGGGAUCGCUGGCCUCCGAGGUCAGGAGCGUCCGCAACCAAAGAGCUCCAGACAGUAAUAGUCGCAAAGUUCUAUUUAGCAGGCUAAGAGAACUCAACCAUAAGAUCAAGAGAUUCGAGAAGGACUCAGCCAAGCGUGUGGGGAGUGAACUGUCCAAGAUCAGGAGGGAGGUGGAUGGCUUUGUGAUGGAGAAAAGACAACUGUACGAUACUCUUAAGGAGCUGAUGCAGAGGGUAACCAAGAACUGCCACCGCGUCCCUCCCCGCGGAAAUGACGAUCAGGCCGGUGGCAGCGGCGCCGCUGGUGCUGCCGUGUCGUAA